AUGUGGGACAUUCUAGGCACGCCACCGGACUGUUUCUCCGGAGAGUCUCCCAUCCCCAUCCGAUCACUGCAGGGGAAGAGACGGACUGGCUGGCGGACCAGAGUGUUUGUGUGUGAGUGUGUGGUAGCGUGGGACCCGCAGCGCGACUGCGGAGUUCUGAUCCGCGUCUCCGUUUUCCCGGGAGGGAGGCAGCUGGAGACGAGCGGAGCCGAGAGGUCAUUGUUUGUCUAUGAAAAUGCGUUAAAAGCCGUCCCCGGGUACCGCAGCCCCGAGCCCCCGCCCGGACGGAGGAGGUUCCCGGGAGCCGGUACCAGGCACGCGGCCGCCACCGCCUCCCCCGCAGGUGCACGGUGUGGGAGGGGCGGGCGUGCGGGCGUGCGCGUGUGCGCGGCCCCUUUAAGGGUUCGGCUCCGUUGGCGGUUCCGCGCGUUGGAUUAUGGCGUAGUCUUGGUUGUCGUCGCUGCUUUCAACCUGGACUGCGCCUUCCCGGUGCUCAAGGCGGGUGCGAUCCCUGGAGGCUUCUUCGGCUUCUCGGUAACGCUGCACUGGCAGACGGAGCGGCAAAAGCGCUGCCUAGCUGUGAGGAAAGGCAUACAGAAUAUGGGCAGGUGUCCAGGGAGCUUUUUACCUGUAAAGAUUUGGAGAACACAGGAACCCAUUCCUAACUCAGCUGUGCCAGAACCAGUUGCUGUUCCAACUUCAGCAGUGGAUGUUGCAGUUGCAGCUGUGAACACUCAUACCCAGACUGCUGACACCGUUGCUGUUACCACUGUGGACACUCAUACCCAGACUGUGAAUAUCGUUGUUAUGUCCACUCAGACUGCUGCUACAACUGUGGAUGCUCAAACCCAGACUGUUGCUGUUACAACUGCGGCCACUCAAACUGAGACAACUGAUACAAUUGCUGUUGAAUCAGAGUAUCAAUCUGUGCCAGUAUCAGUUGCCCCUGUACAGAAAAAGAAAUACACAAAAAAACCAGUUCGCAGCACUAAGGAUGAAGAUGAACAAGGGAUAUCACAGAGGGAAGAAGAGUUGGAGCCAGAGAUAAUCAGCUGGUCCUUGUCCCUGAGUGAACUGCGAGAUGUGCGGAAAGAUUACAGCUGUCACCCGGGUGAGCACAUUAUCACCUGGAUGCUCCGAUGCUGGGAAAAUGGAGCCCACAGUUUGGACUUAGAGGGCAAGGAAGCCAGGCAAUUGGGCUCCUUGUCCCGGGACGGGGGUAUUGAUAAGGCUAUGGGAAGGCCGUCACAGACCCUCAGCCUCUGGAGGCGACUUUUGUUGGGCAUGAAGGAAAGAUACCCCUUCAAGGAAGAUAUUACAAGCCUCCCAAGUAAGUGGACCACCAUGGAGAAAGGCAUUCAAUAUUUGAGGGAGUUAGCUGUGCUGGAGAUUAUUUAUAAUGACUAUGCACCCACAGACCCAGAUGAAAUCCAAUGCACACGAGUUAUGUGGCGAAAGUUCCUACGAAGUGCACCACCAAACUAUGCCAGUUCGUUGGCAGUUGUCUCCUGGAAAGAAGAUGAGAGGCAAACAGUGGAACAACUAGCCGCUCAACUUCGGCAAUAUGAAGAAAAUGUGUCUUCUCCCCUACAGGCUGUUGUUUCAACUGUAGAGAAAAUGUCAUGGAAGAUUGACCAAUUCAUGUCUCGCUCUCCACCUGCCAGUACUCCAGCUUUUAAGAAUUGUCCUGGUUUGAGCCAGGAUAGAGUUAAUUCCCGUGAGGAACCAGGAAAGGGCACAGCCUGAACAGCUGACCCAGGCUGGCCAGCAGGUAUUCGAUACCAUCCUAACCGUCAUGCCCAGGGUACAGGUGGGGGCUGGCCGGAAUAAGCUCUUGCCCCGGAAUAAGCUCUUCCGGGGGGGCGCGGGCUCUCGGUUGCUGGUCGGGAGCGGUCGCUUACGUUGGGUCCCGGGUGGUGAGCAACUGUAUCACUCACCAGUUUUCUUUGUAAUAUCCCCUUGUCUUUGUUAUACUUGUUACUCUUCAAU